CAAGGCGACCAGGGACGCGCCGCUCGCGAGCUUACGAACCACGUUGCGCAAUCGUCAGCGGCCCACAACCUUGCUUUGAGCACUUCCUGCCGGCAUCAUGGGCUCUUUCGACAAGGGUCCCGUCUCGCCCCUGCCCUCGAGCGCCAUCGCGAGCGCAGGGGCUCUGUACGAUUAUCUGCAGCCCGUCGUCUACCGCACCUGGACACCCGAGUAUUGGGAUCAGGUAUACUUCUUCCUCGCCACAAAAAUCGCCAUCACACUCUUCGCAACAUUUAUGAUGACGCGGCUCAUCUUCCGCGGUGAAUGGUGGUUUGUCCGCAGGGUGCGCGUUCGAAAGGGUGUCAUACUGGUUCCUAAAAUUACGGACUCGACCAUCUUGUUGGGUGGAAUCUUCAUCGCCACGGAUGCAGCAUAUCGCAUCAAGUUCAUCCAGUGGUUCAGGGGUCCAACAUAUCAGAAGCCCCAUAACGCCCUCACAUUGGAAGCCAUGCGGCUGUUUCCAGCUUUCUUGGCCGCCUGGAAUCAUAUGGCCGCCUCAUCCCUCAUUUGGCCUCUACGACCCGCCGAUCUCAACCCGUGGCUGUGGCACGCGGGCUGGUUGGGCCUGCCGAUUGCCUUUCUCGCCUCAUUUCUUCCGCCAAUCAUCAUCUCCGACGUAUAUAACAACCGGGGUCUCGACGUAUACACCGACACCCUACUCCCUCUGAUCCAGGCUGCUGGCACAACCGGCGUCGUCACGGACGAGAUGCAAAGGCUCGCUCUGCAAGUACACGAGCAAAUUGCCAACGCCUGCUUCUACAUCGGUGUUUGGGCUUUGAUCGGAGGCAUCUGGAUCGCCAUCCUUGUCAUUCCCUACGCUAUGAUCGCGAUCACCCUUUGCUCACGUCUUGCAAGAGCCUACAGGCGCUUGUCCGACGAUUCGAGGUGUCCAUCGAGCACCGAACCGGACGACAGCGCCAACUCGCAUCGUCAAUCAUACCCAGCCGCACCACCUUCCAAUGAAGGCCCCGUUGGUUUGGCCAUCGAUCUACAACACAGUUCUACUGGGCGAAGCCAAGAUGGGCGAGCUGAUGGUUAUUCGCGACCCGAACAAUCGCACGAACUGCUAUCGUCCAAGCGCACGUCGAGAUUGGCGACCAGAAGAAGACAAAUGGCCAAGUUGACUCCAUUUCGAAUGGCCAAAUACAUUGCUGGCGUCGCUCCUCUCCGGCACGAGGAGACUGAAAUCUUGAAGAGACCAGUUGCACCAAGGACAGCGCGCAAGAUCCUCAGAAAUUUCCUCGUGCAUAGUAUCAUCGAAUUCGGCUCCAUCUGGGGAUUGAUGGUCUGUCUUCUUGCACCUAUCCUUUGGAUUGCUGUCAAAUCUUACCCCGAGAUGCGAGAUCUCGUUCCGGAUCCGAAAUACGGCAGCUCCUUUAUGCGCACCAACGAGCUGUUUCACACCGUCGAACUGUGGGCCGUAGUCGUGUUCGACACUCUCGUAGUCACGAGCAUGCUCAAGAGGCAAGCCUUUCCGCUCAAGGUCGACGUACACGCGGCGCUCGAGGCACGCGCAGCGCAUCAGCACCAGAACAGGAUACAGGGAAUGAGCAUCUUCGCAAACGAUCUCGCGCCGCAUCGUGGAGACAGGAAGCAGAGCGCAGAAGCAACUCGCGUCGGAGCCAGCUACGAUUCUGCAGGGCAUCCGUCGCAUCCGCUCGACAGCGGUCUUUCGGUUCCCGACUGGCAAGCAAAGUCCAACCGCGCCCAUUCCAACGCAACGACGGCUGGUACUGAGGCGCCAUUGACCGACUUUAGCUCCCGCACCGUCAGACGAGGCUCGCAAACGGGCCGUGCCGGGCGCAGAUCUGGAUGUCGCCCUUCUUCGUCGACCUACGAAGACGAAGGAGCAGAAGAUAGCCCAGAAAUCGUGGAUUAUAAAUCCGAGCUAGGCGAAACGACGGAUGCGGACGAGGCUAUCGUACGACACAGUAGCACCAGCGAUCGUGCGCUUGGUCAUCGCGCGGUCGAACAUCCUGAGAACGAUGCCGCCCGUCCAGAGUCUGUUGCAUCGUCGAGGAUGCCAAUGAUUGACGACACCCACGACAUUCCCAUGCACCAACCUUUGGGCUCUCGAGGAUCUGGCACGGAAGACUUGUCGUGGUAUGCCGGUAUGGGCGCAGGUCGCUCCAUCGUGCUGCAAGCCCUAGCAUCAGGCCAAGCUGGCGACCUGGGCAUGUCUGGUCGCAGCAGACGUCCCAAGGCUGCUUGGCGUCAAACCGGAUUAUCGGAAGAUGUGGAGCAAACCAGCGGAUCGCUGCGCUCGCCCACAAAAUUCGCAACACCACACGGCUUCAUCGGACCUGCUCUAUCGCCGACGAACACCGUCCAUAGCCCGCGAGGUCAGGCGCCGAACACGCCGAUAGCUUUGCAAAACAUGACCCCUUCGACGCCAAGGUCUCCGACUGGCCGCUUUCCAGGUCGGAGCCCGAGAAUAUAAUGUGGACGGUAUCAAUGACAUCACAAGACUCGUUAAAUAGCUGCGCGAGCAUCCUUCUCUGUAAUCCUCCUUCACGUUGCGGCAAUAGCCUUACUGCUUGUAUUCACGUCACACACGAUUCGAUAUACAUGUCCUGGUCACAACGGUAUUCG